AUGUAUUUCGUGCGUUCAACGCCAAUAAUAGUGACUUUACUUUUGAUUAUUACACUGAUUGAAGCAAAGCCAACAUAUCGAUCAUUAUCAUCACGUAAUAUCAAAGAUCGUAUCAAAUAUUUUCUGAAUUUAACUGGAGUUGAAAAUGAGUAUGCUCGAUUUUUAAACUUUUUAAACAUCUAUCCACCAACAGAUAAUGUUAAAAUGAGAUCAUUUUAUAAUGAACUGUUUUCAAUCAAUGCCUAUUUGUCUGAUCUCACUCGAUCAUAUGCAAAAUAUUAUGCAUUAGAUGAAAUUAAUGAACUAAUCAUUUUUUAUUCCAGUUCAGUUGGUCAAAAAUUAAUUCAAGCCAAUAGUGAAUUAAAUCGACGAAUGGAAGAUAUUAUGUUAACUAAGAUUAGUGAUUAUAUUUUUACGUCCUCUGAACAUGGUUUUAGCAUUCCUCUUUGA